AUGGGAGCCCGCCGCCGGACGCGGCCGAUGCGGGAGGGCCUUCGGCUGGAGAGCGUUCGGGCCGACCGGCAGGGGCCGGGGCCCGGCAGCAGCAGCAGCAGGCACAACUUCAACUUCUACUCUCCGGGGAAGAAGGCGCGGUACUCGAGUAAAUUGCAGACACUUCCCGCCGUCCGGCUUGCACCGGCCAAGUUCGACUUUGCCGCCAUGCCCAAGGAGAACAUGCCGCUGCAGCUGCGGGCCGCCUUGGAGGCCUCCUUGCCGGGAUGCUUCCGACCAGGCGGCAACUCCAAGGACAAGCCCAAAGUCCAGCUCGACCUCGGCACCCUCGAGAUGUGGAUCCGUGCGGCGGCCGUCGCGGAGGAGGGGCCGUACGACCUCAACCAGAUGGCCCGGUGCGGCGCGCACGGGGACAGCACACUCAACCACGUGCUGCGCGAGCCGAUCGAGGAGUUGGAGCAGAUGAUCUCGUCGCUAGGCACGCGCUCCGCCCCCCACGACAUUCCAAUGGAAAUCGAUAGAUCGAAGAUUGAGAUUGUGGAUUAA